AUGGGGUGGCCUACCCUGUGGACUCUCUCGGCACUUCUGUGUUUUGGCCCUUCCCAGGCCCUGGGCCAGGAGGGAGGUACCUGUCCAGAUGUCAAAAUUGUAGGUCUGGGGGUCCAGGACAAGGUGGCUGUCAUCCGAGGUUGCCCUGGUUUUCCUGGCCCACCCGGGCCCAAAGGGGAUCCUGGCAGCCCUGCUGAGAAAGGAGAACGGGGCUUCCAAGGCAGUCCAGGGAAGAUGGGGCCUGCUGGCAGCAAAGGGGCCAGUCAGGAAGUGUGUGCUGGGCUCUUCAGCAAGAGGGGUCCAGCACCAGCUAUGCCAAGUAGAAUAUGGGGUGCUAGAAUAUGUUUGUGCUGGGAAGGGACCAAGGAAGAGAAUGACACUCAUGUCUCCUGCCCAGGUGAGGAGGAGCUAGGAGACGCCCUGUGCCAGAGAGGGCCCCGGAGCUGCAAAGACAUACUGACACAGGGGACCUUCCUGACUGGCUGGUACACCAUCUAUCUUCCUGACUGCCGGCCACUGACUGUGCUCUGUGACAUGGAUGUGGAUGGCGGGGGCUGGACUGUUUUUCAACGACGAAUGGACGGCUCCGUCGACUUCUUCCGAGACUGGGACUCCUACAAAAGAGGCUUUGGCAACCUGGGCACAGAGUUCUGGUUGGGCAAUGACUACCUGCACCUGCUCACAGGCAAUGGGAGCCAAGACCUCCGGGUCGACUUACAAGAUUUCCAAGGCCAAACUUCCUAUGCCAAGUACAGCUCCUUCCGGGUGUCUGGAGAACAGGAGAAAUACAAGCUGACCCUAGGGCAGUUCCUCGGGGGCACUGCAGGAGACUCCCUGACCAGUCACAACAGCAUGCCAUUCACAACCCAUGACCAGGAUAACGAUGCAAACAACCUGAAUUGUGCAACUUUGUACCAUGGGGCCUGGUGGUACAAGGACUGUCACCACUCCAACCUCAACGGCCGUUACUUGCCCGGCUCCCAUGGGAGCUUCGCAGAUGGCAUCAACUGGAUGACAGGCCUAGGCUACCACUACUCCUACAAGGUCGCUGAGAUGAAAAUCCGGGCAUCCUAA